UGGAGGAAAGACUGGUCCUCGGCUCUGGAAACUUGCUUGACUCUCCUGAGCGGUGGCGGGAGGAGAGGGGCCCAGCGGAGGGGGUCGUCGGCCCGGCGGGCGCACGGAAAUAACUUUGAAACUCCACAGUGCGUUUGGAAUCGGAAGUGUUGGGGGGGCGCGUAUGCGGGCUGGCUGCGGGAAGUGGCAGCUCCGCGGUGAGCGCCCGCCGGCGGCGCUGCUCUUUGUUUGGUGUUAGGUCGCCUCGUUUCGCGCCUUGCAGCGGGUCCGAGGCUUAUCUGCGCAGAGCUCUGAUAAGUGGAGUGGGCGGCGGGCCUCCCGCGACGUCAGUUUUCUCGGCGGAGAUGUUUAAGGGCUCAUCCUUCCUAGGUGUUGGGAGGCGGGGGUGGGCGUCCUCGCGGGGGCAGUGCGCCGGGAGCAGCCGCCCAGCGUUAGUGCACCGGCGGAGCCGGGCUUGGCGGGGGAGAGCCCACGCGCCGGAGGGAGGAAACGGAAAGUGAAGGAGCGGCGCCCCGGGGCGACGAUGGGCGCCCCCCGCGGCUGCCGGGAAAGACCGUGCGCGCAGCUCCUCCCGGGGCGACGCGGACGAACAAAAGCUGCGACCGCAGGACUUAAAGGAGAAGAAGGAAGUUGUGGAGGAGGCAGAGAAUGGAAGAGAUGCACCUGCGAAUGGGAACGCUGUGAGGAAGAGGAUGGAGAUGAAGAUGAGGAGGCUGAGGCAGCUACAGGCAAACGGGCAGCUGAAGAUGAUGAGGAUGAUGACGUUGACACCAAGAAGCAGAAGACCGAUGAGGAUGACUAGACAGCAAAAAAAGGAAAAGUUUAAAGGCCUCCGUGACCUAUUCACCCUCCACUUCCCGUCUCAGAAUCUAAACGUGGUCACCUUCGAGUAGAGACUCCCGCCCACCUGCCUACCCACCCACCUCAGGCAGCGCCACCUGCAGAUGACACGCACUCUCCACCACCCAACCAAAACCACAACGUGAAUUUGCAACAGGGGAGGAAAAAAGAACCAAAACUUCCAAGGCCCUGCUCUACUUUUUUUCUUAAAAGUACUUUAAAAAGGAAAAUUUGUUUGUAUUUUUUAUUUACAUUUUAUAUUUUUGUACAUAUUGUUAGGGGUCAGCCAUUUUUAAUGAUCUUGGGAUGACCAAACCAGCCUUUGGAGCAUUCUCUGUCCUACUUCUGACUUUACUUGUGGUGUGACCAUGUUCAUUAUAAUCUCAAAGGAGAAAAAAAACCUUGUAAAAAAAGCAAAAACAACAACAAAAAAACAAUCUUAUUCCGAGCAUUCCAGUAACUUUUUGUGUAUGUACUUAGCUGUACUAUAAGUAGUUGGUUUGUAUGAGAUGGUUAAAAAGGCCAAAGAUAAAAGGUUUCUUUUUUUCCCUUUUUUUGUCUAUGAAAUUGCUGUUUAUUUUUUUUGGCCUGUUCGAUGUAUGUGUGAAACAAUGUUGUCCACAAUAAACAGGAAUUUUAUUUUGCUGAGUUGUUCUAACAAA